UGGUCAGUUCCGUUUCAGCGAGCCGUUUGACAUAUAUGGCGGCAUCGACGACGAAGAAGAGAAAACACCGCGUCCGCAAUGGGCGCUCGAAGCGGUAUCGAGCCUUCUAGCCAAGACUACCAGCGGUGGACACCGGCCUGGCGUCCCUGAGGCAUGUGUCACCAUGCCAGACAGGCGACGCCGGUCCUCCCUAAGGCGCCAGGCCGAUAGGAGGCGUUCCCGGUCCGAGGCCUCGGUGAGCUUCGACGACACGCCUUCGGACCGUCCGCGUCGCCCAUCCAGAGAGUCAAUGCGUGACGACAGCAGCUCCUCCGGCGAGUACGAGAUCGUGGAGCUGUACAACGACGACUCCGUGGGUGACGACGACAGGUGGGAUGACAGCGACAAGGACAAAACAGCGUCCACGAGCGAUGCCUACAAUCAGAGCCAAGCUUACAUGAUCAUAGCAGCCGUCAUGGUGGCCAGCGCCUUCCUCGGGGUCCUCAUGAAGUUCGCCUUCACCCCGAGCCACUCGGGACACUCUCACGGCCUCCGCAGGGUCCCGGGUCGGGUGCUUGUCGAGGAGACCGACACGACGACGCUAUCCGACGUGACGCCGCCUAUGGGAAAGAUCAACGUGAGCGCCAUUAGAGACCUUGCGACAGUAGCGAAGAGUUCGACGACGGCCGAAGCGGCGAAGCCCGCACCGCGGAAGUCUGCUUUCACGUACGAAUGCCGCACGGACGCCUGCCUAUGGCAGAGCCGGCUGAUCUACGACAAGAUCAAUCAGUCUAUUGGCCCGUGCGAGGACUUCUACGCGUACGUGUGUUCCAACCGGUGGUACAACGGCGAGCUCGAAGUGCAGAGCAGGCCCUACGUAGUCAGCGGGCCGGGCCUGCUUAUACUCGACAUUGCGAAGUUCCUGCUGCAGCAAAAGGUGAGAGAGCAGCCCUCGACAAGCUUCAUCACCCAGUCUUCCAAGUUGCUGAAAACGUGCAUUCAGGUGCGAAACUCGAGCUCUUCAAAUAAGGACUGGGAAGACAUUAAGAGAGUGCUCGAGUCGUAUUCCCUUACAAACUGGCCGUUCACGAUUGAUCCGCCGACGGUCAAGUUCCAAGACGUACUCAGGCUCGUCGACAAGAGGCUCAACUUGCUGGCCGUCGUGCACGUGACCCUGCGGAAGCGGUUCGAGAACGAAGGCUACAUGCUGCACCUGGACUCGCCGAAGCUCACCAUGGUUCGUCACCAGCUGACGUUCCUCGACGCGGGAUUUCAGGAGUACAAGAACUGCAUAAAGCGUGCAUUUGCGCUCCUUGGUAGCAAGGUCGAAACGGACCACAUCGCCGAAGACGUCCUGGAGUUUGAACGGAAGCUCGACGAGGCGUCCCUUCCACCCAAGCGAUUCGUGUCCAUACUCAAUUCUACAGUGUCCAUCGUGAACCUGAAGCGUGCGGGCAAGCUGGAGUGGGACACCUACCUGACGUACCUACAGCCGGGAUCCGACAAGGUCAUCGUUCUCAAUUCGGCUUUCAUCAACAAGCUCUCCGGCAUCCUCACGUCGACGGCCCUGUCCACACUGCUGAACUACAUCGGCUUCCGAAUCGUCGUUCUGCUGUCGCCGCUGCUGCCCAAGCAAGCGGAGUUUCUCGUACCGCUGAGUUACGACGACCACAUCCACAAGUACAACGCCAGGCUGCAGGCGUGCAUACAUCUCGUGGAGCGGCUGUUUCCUUACGGGAUCCGCAAGAUCGCCAGGUCCGCGAUGGGAAAGACGACGAUGGAGCAGAUCGCGUACGACCACAACCUCGACAAGCUGGUGAGCAGCGUCAAGGGAGUGGUGUCUCAGACCGUGGCCCGUGCCCCGUGGCUGACACAGGCCGAAGCAGACGUGGCAACGCAGAAGAUCGAAAGCCUCGAAGUGGACUUCAUUGGCGCAAAGGAACACAUGGACGUCCUCGCUGGGUAUUACCAGAGCAGGGUCGACGCGUCGUUCGCCGUGCCAGUGCGCGACUACACGGCGCUGCUGAACGAGACCAUGUCGCGCUACUGGCUCUCCAAGGACAACGCCGACUACGACGCGCGCUACCACGUGUCCAGCCUGAGGCCCGGCUACGAGUACAACGCGGGCAAGAACGUGCUGUACGUGCCGUUCGGCGUGGUCGCCCUGCAGCAGCGCGUGGCGCAGUCGGCGAUCCCGGCCAUCCUGUUGCCCUUCAUCGUCCCCUACCUCGUGGAAGGCAUGUACGAGGCGAUCGACGUGCGCGGCUCGACCAUCAACGUGCGCGGCAUGCCCGAGACCUGGUGGAGCGGCGAGACUCUGGUCCGCUACCGGCAGCAGCAGAAGUGCUUCACCCAGAACUACCUGGACAACAUCCAGCGGUUCGGUACCUUCCAGGAGUCCCCGAUGGCGCCGUUCCUGCGCAGCUUCAUGGCCGAGAUCGCGGCAAUUCUACCCUCGUUCGAGGCGUACGUUCGGGCCCUGGUGGCGCCGCACUCGAUGCAGCGAAACUUCCGCAUCCCGGGCCUGCCCGACCUGACGCCCGAGAUGCUGUUCUUCGUCAACUACGCCGCCGCCCACUGCGACCCGGUCAGCAGUCAGGGGCUGACGGCCCUCGACAAGCGCAGGCUCCGGUACCGCGUCGCGCUGCCGUCUGCUCUGCGCGUGAACAUCGCCCUGCGCCACUUCGACACCUUCGCCGAAACUUUCUCCUGCAACACAGGAACCAACAUGAAUCCCGGCGCCAAGUGCAGGUUGUGGUAACUCGGUGGACACUCACCGCCUCCCAUCAUCGUUCGAGACGUUCCGACAAGACAUGCCGAGGUGUCCCAGAAGGAUGCGCGGGCUUCUACGCGUCACCGCCACUUCGCCACGUUGAAGCCAGCUGACAAGUGGACUGUGUCAUCAACGCUGUGACGGAGUGAGGUAUCGCAACCUUCACUGCGCGUUCUCAGCACGAAGAAAACGCCUGUGCUCUACCGAAGUCCAUAAUGGUGCUUUCGACAUUUGCGUGUAUACAGUGAGGCCUUGCUCGCCAAAGUAGCAUGGACACGUUUCUUCACCAAAGUAUACAUGCACUUUUUUCACAACUUUCACAGAUUUUUCACAAUUCCAGCAGUUUCUGUCAUGUCAUCGCGAAACGAAACUUCAUUUCCAACAACAUGAGAAACGAGUGCUCGCAGUCA